GAUUAAUUUUAUCCCGCUCCUUCAUUGAUUCAUUUUACUAAGUCAAAUAAAAUAUGUCGACCUUUUGUGUGGUCGCUAUAAGUUGGACUGAUUUUAUUCCAUCCUUUUGAGUGUAUGAGUCGUGUGCGAGUAUGAGCACUGCGUUGCCACCAUGUUUGGCCAGGUUGUAUUCGAAGAGAAUCGAAAAGGCUCAACUCAGAUUGGGUGCAAAAGAUUUCAAUAAACCUAAUGGGAUUUCAAUUCCUGGUCACAAAGUGAAUCGGAAGAUAUUUUGUACACCCCUUGGAUUGGAGGAAGAAUUUUCAGCAUUACAGUCAAAAGAUUUGUCCGAGGAUGAGGAGGAAACUUCACCCCUUGAACGACCACCCAACAGUGAAGAGUUGAAGGCGUUACUCGCUGAUUCUGAGAGAUCGAAGCUCAUAAGGAAACUGAGUGAAGCAAAUCAACAGAAUAGGUUUCUCAAACGCCAGUUACAAGUGAAGGAAGAUGCUCUGGUUAAUUUCAAGAGCGAACUUGCUGUCAUAGAGAUUGAGAUUCAGGCUUUGGUUAACUUGGCACAAGAAAUUGCUAGUUACAAUAUUCCAAAAGGUUCAAAAAAGAUUAAUGGAAAAUACAUUCAAUCUCACCUCCUUUCACGGCUGGAAGCUGUCCAAGAAAAGUUGGAGGCGCAGAUCAAGGAUGUGGAUGCUGCACAAUCCAAAGAGGUUCCCUUAUUUUGGCAUGGUGUGGCAGAGAGUGUGCAUGUAAUGGGCUCAUUUGAUGGCUGGAGCCAAGGAGAACACCUAUCACCUGAAUAUAUAGAUUCAUACACGACAUUUUCGACUACAUUGGCGCUUAGACCCGGAAGGUAUGAAAUAAAAUUUUUAGUAGACGGGGAAUGGAAACUGUCACCUGAAUUCCCCACUAUUGGCGAGGGGUUCAUGCAGAACAAUUUACUUAUUGUUGAGUAGCAUUACGGGCUAUUAGUUUGUUUGCAGAUUAGUUUUUCUUAGUAGGAAGUAUAUAAUAACUUUUACAUAUAAAUCAUAUGGGCGAAAACCUUGAGGCUGAGCAAGAUAGGUAUUUGUUUAUUCUAUUUUCUUAUGUUUUGAGUUCUUUUUAGUUUUUUCAUACUGGUUUCGAAGUCUGCUAUGUUCUUAUUUUUUUAGCUUUUGGCAGUCGUUUGGGUUUUCAUUCUUUUUCUGGAUUUAAAAUUUGGGGGCUUUUAGACGUGUAAUUUAUUCCUUUUGUGGGAUUUGUUACACGUUGAAAUCAGCUUAUAUAAAAU